AUAAAUUCAGUUUCAUGUUUGAUUUUCACACUUUAAGCCUUUUAAAUCCGAUUUUUAGUAAACGUUGGGUUUGAGUUCCACGAGUGACAUAACGAUGCAAACGGUAGCCGGUAGUGAUUCGAUGUGACGUCAUUUUGUAGUCCACUGACUUGACCUCGGAUGCCGGAGAAUCCAUUUGGCGAUGUUAGCUAAGCUGCUGAAAGUUGUGUAACAAGGAAAACAAAAGGACACGGCUCCGGGACAACAGGCUCAUUCACGUUACACAGAGGGCCCGUCCUCACACAUCCACCUUCCAAAUCUUUAUAUUUUUUAAUAAUCACUUGGAAAACAUGUUUUCACUGUCGACGUCGCUUCAGCCCCAACAGAUGAUAGUGCCCCUCAGCCAGCUCAUCAAUGCCCUCCACUCUCUGAAGAACACAGCCACGGCGUCAGUCCAGACCUUGCAUAAAGACUUCACUCCAGAGCACAGUACAUUUCUAAAAGAGCCCAGUGUGAGCCUGCGGGACCUGGGCCUGUCAGAUAUCAGAGUGAGUCAGUUGGAUGAGCUGGUCAGCAGGUUACUGCCGACACUUGGACCAGAAGAACCUCCUGCCGUUCCUUCGACAUGGAAGACGAGUCACCUUUCUGCAGACAGCUUCUUUCACAACAAGCAUGGGUUCUCACACAGAAGGUUGGGGGUUUUCGGCUCACCAAUAUUCCAUAGACAAUAUCACAGUCCUCUAAAAGAAGUUUGCUCAGAGCUUCAAUUCUCACCUGUAUGGGUCCAAAGUCGGGGUUUCAAGACACUUAGAUCAAAGACCAGGAGAGCAGCACCCGGUUAUGAUGGUCCAGUGGAGUCUGAGGCUUACACACCAGCCUUCAUGAAGGGAUUGCUCCUGAGGGAAAAGGGACCAGAGGCACAGUCGCUGGACCAAUUGAUGAAAAAUAAAAACCUUCCAGAAAACCACCAGGAGGCUUUCAAGACGGGGUUCACUGAGGGAUUCAUGAGAUCCCAGGCCUUUACUCAGAGAACACAAGACUCAUUGAGGAGAACCAGGUUGAUCCUGUUGGUCCUCCUUCUCAUCGGUAUUUAUGGUCUGUCAAGAACCCCGUUUCUCUCGGGUAAAGGCUCCUUUUCUGAUGCUGUGAGGUUCCGCACCACAUCUGGUCUUGACUCAGCAGUCGAUCCCAUCCAGAUGAAGAAUGUGACAUUUGAUCACGUCAAAGGAGUAGAGGAGGCAAAAAAUGAAUUGCAAGACGUUGUCGAAUUUCUCAAGAACCCCCAGAAGUUUACCGUUCUGGGUGGAAAGCUUCCUAAAGGGAUCCUCCUUGUCGGUCCGCCAGGCACAGGAAAGACUCUGUUAGCUCGAGCCGUGGCUGGGGAGGCUGAUGUGCCUUUCUACUACGCCUCUGGAUCCGAGUUUGAUGAGAUGUUUGUGGGUGUUGGCGCGAGCCGCAUCAGGAACCUUUUCAAAGAGGCAAAAGCUAAUGCCCCCUGUGUGAUCUUCAUCGAUGAGUUGGACAGCGUUGGUGGAAAGAGAAUUGAGUCUCCUAUGCAUCCUUACUCCAGACAAACCAUCAACCAGCUGCUGGCUGAAAUGGACGGGUUUAAACCAAACGAGGGUGUCAUCGUUAUUGGUGCUACAAACUUUGCUGAGGCUUUGGAUAAUGCUCUGGUUAGGCCAGGGAGGUUUGACAUGCAGGUGACCGUCCCUCGCCCAGAUGUGAAAGGACGCACUGAAAUUCUCAACUGGUACCUCUCCAAAAUUAAGGUGGACUCUGCUGUAGAAGCUGAGAUCAUUGCCCGGGGCACAGUUGGCUUCUCUGGGGCUGAGCUCGAGAACCUGGUCAACCAGGCGGCCUUGAAGGCGGCAGUGGACGGGAAAGAGAUGGUCACAAUGAAGGACCUGGAGUUUGCUAAGGACAAGAUCCUCAUGGGACCUGAGAGGAAGAGUGUCGUAAUCGACAAGCAGAACAAGACCAUCACAGCCUACCAUGAGUCCGGCCAUGCUAUCGUCGCUUUUUACACCAAAGAUGCAAUGCCUAUCAAUAAGGCUACUAUCAUGCCUAGAGGCCCAACUCUUGGCCAUGUGUCCAUGCUCCCCGAGAACGACCGUUGGAGUGAGACAAGAGCCCAGCUGCUGGCUCAGAUGGAUGUCAGUAUGGGCGGUCGAGUAGCAGAGGAGCUCAUCUUUGGAGAUGACCACAUCACCACAGGAGCAUCCAGUGACUUUGAUGGCGCAACCAAAAUAGCAAAAAUGAUGGUGACCAGAUUCGGCAUGAGUGAUAAGCUCGGUGUCAUGACCUACGGAGACGUAACCAAACAGAGCCCUGAGACACAAGCUGCCAUCGAAAAUGAAGUCAGGGCUUUACUGAAGGACUCAUAUGAGCGUGCUAGAAGUCUCCUGAAGACUUACAGUAAGGAGCACAAGAAGCUCGCUGAUGCCCUGCUAACAUAUGAAACUCUGGAUGCCAAAGAGAUCCAGAUGGUGUUGGAGGGAAAAUCACUGGACCAACAGAUACCUCAGGAGACAUUUUAGACUCUUAUAUCAUGUAUAUAUUAAGCCGUGCAAUUGAGCACAGGCCUUUUGGAGGCCUUGUAUUUCAUUUGUUUGUAUCCCUCUUAUUAUCAAUGUGAAGAUGACACUGAAAUUGUUUCACCCCUUAUAUACAUUUUUAUUUUUUAAUUUUCAUUUGUCUUUUCAUUUAAUAUGAAAGACUUUUUGUUUCACAGCAAGUUUUAAAGCACUUCAAAGUUUAAUUGGAUAUCAAUAAAUAUUUUUUCUCCACUAAUUUUUGUACUGCAGUUCACAAAGAUAUCUGAGGUUUCAUUAAGGGCUUGUUGUCCUUUAUUGUCAUGACUUCUGUAGUAGUUUUAUACAUCAGAGUCAUAUUGGGUUUCUUAGCAACGUUAUAAGGCAAAUUAAUUCAACAGAGAUCAUGGUUAAACAAGAUGACUGAUGAGUUCAUUUAUUUGUCUUUUUCAUUGUUGACAUAUUUCAUUUAAAAUGUGUACACCAUAGGACCUUAAAGUACCUCAAUCUAGAAUGUACCAUGUGGUUAUAGCAAGGUACAGGUGAUAAUGCUGUUCAGUGUCGAAAACUUCAUUAGUUAUUUUAUCUAUAUGAAAUAUUUCAGUUGCAUCUACCAUCUAUCUAUCUACCUAUUUUGUUUUGUUCUUAUUUAUUUAAGUGCCCAAAGGUGUGUCCUCUUUUUCUUGAAUUAGUGAUAGGCCCUCAUGUCCUAUUCUAAGCUCACCUGUAACAGACAAAUAAGGGGAAAUGUGUAUAUAGUGUAAGUGUGUUAAAGGAUUGGCUUUGUGCUUCUGUUUGUUCCUUUGUACAAAGGCCUUCUUGAAGCUCAAAUAAAGGUUACUCUUACUCA